AUGUACUUGGAAUACCUUCAGCCAAAGUUGAACCUUAUGGAUAGUUCAAACUCUAUGAAUAAAAAUUUUCCUGAUUAUUCACCGAAUUUAAACACGCCCAUUACAUCGAAUUUUAAUGAAGAAACGGGCUCGGAUUCCUCCUUGAUUACCCCAAGAAUAACUUCGAAUUCGAAUUCGCAUUCGAACUCAAAUUCUAAUUCCAAUUCUAAUUCUAACGCAAGUUCCAUAGAUGAAAAUGAGCUAAACCAUUCCAACUCAUCCUCCUCUUCUGCAAGACAGAUCAGGAAAAAGUGGAAAGAACCUGAAGAUAUAGCUUUCAUUACCACAAUAAUGAAUAAUUCUCAAUUAUUGACAUUCGUAGAAUAUUUCAAGCCCAUGAAGAAUUUUUGGAAAAAAAUUUCAAAGAUUCUGUUCCAACAAUAUGGGUAUGAAAGAAAUUCUCGCCAAUGUCAUGAUAGAUUUAAAGUCUUAUACACAAAAUCUUUGAAGGUGCAUCCAACAAAGAAAAUAAAACAAAAGAAGAAAAAGUCAAAGCAGGAGACAAACUCAACUUUAAAUUUUGAUCCGUCAAAAUUAUCAAGAAUGCAAUAUUUACUUCUACAGUUACAGAAUACUUUCAGUUUUGUAAAUGGAAACAUUAUAUUAAAAUCGCAAAAAACUCUGAAGCCGACCAAAAAUGGUGAUAACGAUAACAUUAGUAACAAUAAGAACGCCCAUAAUAAUAAUAAUAACAGUAACGUCAACGAAAAUAACAAUCAUAGCACUAAUGUUUUCAGUACACCAGAGCAUAUCCAGUCCAGUAUAAAUCUCGAUAAAUUGGAAUCUUUACCGGCUUUGGAUACCAAAGUGGAGCCUUCAUUCAUUAGCCCAGCCCAAUUUUCUUUAUUGUCAUCAGCGGCAGCUGAUAAUUUCGUUCUGCAAACUCCACCAUCGCCUUUUUUCCAACAAGCAAUACCUCUACAGCUACCGCGGGAUUCGCAGCAACAAGAGCAGAUUUCACCAGUAAUCUCUACGGAUGUAAUCUACAUGUGGCAAGCAAUGUUCAGCACUAUUGAAAAUUUAAAAGAACAAGUUAACGGUUUAAAAAAUGAAGUAAAACAAUUAAAUCGCAAGUUCUACCAACAGAAUAAAAUAUUACACAAUAUGCCGACUUCAGAUUCAGACACUUUCAUGCAACAUUAA